AUCAGGUUACUGAUAUAAUAUGUGUGUAUUGGUCCACUAGAUGGCAAUAGAGUGUGAGGUAUGUGCGGAUACAGUAGUACUGAAGAAGAGUUGUUGUAGUCUCGUGCAAGCCAAGCAAAGUGAAUGUAGUCACAACAUAUUCUGUCCGUUCCUUAUUAUAUAAUUAUCUGAUGUUAAUAAAAUAAAGACCUUAAGACCUCAGGAGCUUUAUUGAAAACAUCACAUGGUGUCAGAAGUGGAGCGCUAUUGACGUGAUGGCAAAGUUUCAACCCCCGGGAAAUUUCGACUUCAGCCACCCCCAAGAUGGCCAGAAUGGCACCAAAGGUUUCACCACUACAGGAUAGCCACUAAACUGGACAAGGAAGAGGCUGAAGUGCAGGUCUGUACGCUGCUUUAUUCGAUGGGAAAAGAAGCGGAACAGGUGUAUCAGACAUUUACGUUCGGAGAGGGUGAGAGAGAAAGAGAGGAUUAUGAUAACGUGAUCAGAAAGCUUGAUGACUACUUUGUACCAAAAGUUAAUGUUAUUCAUGAGCGUGCACGAUUUCACAUGAGAGUUCAGAGGCCAGGAGAAAUGGCCGAAGAAUAUAUUCGCAGCCUGCAUGAGCUAGCCAGUACAUGUGACUUCGGGGCAGCAAAGGAUGAAAACAUUCGCGAUCGGCUUGUGAUUGGGAUUUUAGACAGAAAGCUGUCGGAAAAGCUCCAAUUAAUGCCCGAUUUGACGCUCAAUCACGCCAUAGAGCUCGUGAGACAGUCUGAACAGGUACGAGGACACGUUAAUGAACAAGCUGCGUGUGUUAGUACUCAAAUCAGUGAAGUGACUGGUGCCAGAGGAAAAUCACAUUACAGUGGAAGAGGUAGACAACACAUAGCCGCAAAACGAAAUCAGACAGAAAAAACAACGGAAUGGAGAUGUAAAAGAUGUGGAAGAAAUCAUGGAAAAGGGGACACAUGCCCAGCAAAAAGUGCUGAAUGUCGCAAAUGCAGAAAAAGAGGUCACUUUGCUGCAGUUUGUAGAACCAGAGCAGUCCAUGAAGUCACCAAACCACCAGAGGGCAGCAACGUCACACACUUCCUUGGUGAGUUGACGCAAAGUAAUGAUGUAAAUGGACCAUGGAUGGUCACACUUCCAAUUCAAGGCACAGACGUAGACUUUAAAAUUGACAUGGGUGCUGACAUAAGCGUACUUUCCGAGAUAACGUUCUCUGUUUUGAAGUACAAGCCACAACUCAAGGAUGUGAAUGUGAAACUCGAGAGCCCAGGGGGAACAUUGCACUGCAAAGGACAGUUUACAGCCGUCACAGUCUACAGAGAUAAGCAGUACAGUUUUGAUGCGUUUGUCGUGGCUGGUUCCCACAUACACAAUCUUCUCGGGCGAGACACAGCCAGUGCUAUGGGCUUAGUGAAAAGGUUGGAAGAGCUUCAACCCAUGUCCUCACCUGGACUUGGUUUAGUAAAGAUCAAUCCUAUCAAAAUCUGCUUGAAAGAGAAUGCAGUACCCUACAGUGUCCACACUGCACGUCGAGUGUCCAUACCUUUACUCUCAAAAGUUAAAGCCGAGCUAGAGAGAAUGGUUAAAUGUGGUGUUAUUCAGGAAAUCACUGAACCUACUGAAUGGUGCGCCCCUAUGGUAGCUGUUCCAAAGAAGACGGGGCAAAUCAGAAUCUGCGUCGAUCUAAAGCAACUAAAUAAAGCUGUCAAAAGGGAGAAAUUUGUGCUGCCAACGAUCGAUGAUAUUCUUCCUAAGUUAGCACAUGCUGAAGUUUUCUCACUCCUUGAUGCUGCUAGCGGUUUCUGGCAACUGCCACUUGAUAUGGAAUGUGCGAAACUAAAAACAUUUAUUACUCCUUUUGGGAGAUAUUUCUUCCGUAGACUCCCAUUUGGAAUAACGAGUGCACCAGAAAUCUUCCAGCGUGAAAUGUCAGCAAUCCUCAACGAUGAAAAAGGAGUCGCAGUGUUCAUGGAUGAUAUUUUAGUUUAUGGCAACACUCCUGAGGAACAUGAGCAGCGAUUGCAGAGGGCUCUGAAAGUCAUUGACCGGGCAGGUUUGCAGCUGAAUGAGGAUAAGUGUCUACUGAGACAGAAUCAACUCAAGUAUUUAGGACACGUCAUAGACAAGGAGGGCAUACGGCCUGAUACAGCCAAAGUCGAAGCUAUUACACGCCUGGAAAAGCCACAGAACAUCUCAGAACUACGGAGAAUGCUGGGGAUGAUUCACUACCUGGGGAGGUAUGUUCCUCAUCUCUCUGAUGUCAUUCGACCUCUAAAUGAACUGUUAAAAAGUGAUGUUAUAUGGUACUGGGGUCCUGCGCAAGAGGAAGCAUUUCAUAACGUGAAACAAGUAAUCACAGAAGCUCCUGUUCUUGCGUUUUAUGAUGUCACAAAGCCCACAGUUGUCAGCGCUGAUGCCAGCAGUUAUGGACUGGGGGGUGUCUUGCUGCAAGACCAUGACGGGCAACUAAAACCAGUGGCCUACUGCUCCAGGGUGCUGACAGAUGCUGAAAAACGGUAUGCCCAGAUCGAAAAGGAGUGCCUGGCAGCCGUGUGGUCCUGUGAGAGAUUUUCACGGUUCCUGUACGGACUAGAAAGUUUUAUAUUACAAACUGACCAUAAACCACUCAUUCCAUUGAUCAACGCGAAGGAUUUGGAUUCGGUACCUCUGAGAUGUCAAAGGCUGUUAUUACGAAUGAUGCGAUACAAUCCUGAGGCGCAGUAUGUACCAGGUAAACAACUGGUGGUCGCCGACGCGCUGUCUCGUCACCCUCAGCCCGCCAUUUCAGCAGAGGUUUCUGAAUUAGUGCAGGAAGUGGAGUCUUACGAGAAUGCUGUCAGUGAUGCAUGGCCUAUCUCUCAACCUAAGCUGGAUUCUGUGAAGAAAGAGACAGGACUGGAUUAUGAACUACAAAUGGUGAAGAAGUAUGUGGCUGAUGGUUGGCCUAGAUAUGCAGCCAACGUCCCUCAAACUUUGAAAUCAUACUACAGUGCACGUCAUCACCUGUCAGUUUUCCAGGACCUUGUGCUCUAUGAUGAUAGAAUCAUAAUUCCCCAAACAAUGAGGUCAGACAUACUCCAGAGAUUGCAUAGCGGUCACCAAGGCAUUGUGAAAUGUAGGGAGAGAGCGAAAUGUAGUGUGUGGUGGCCUGGAUUAAGUAAAGAAAUCCAGUCGCUUAUUAACAACUGCAAAGACUGUCUGGAAACAAGACCUACCCAGAAAAGGGAGCCACUUCUAACCACUCCACUGCCAAACCGCCCAUGGGAGAAAAUUGGUGCUGAUAUAUGUGAAGUAGAUAAGCAGCAUUAUUUGAUAGUUGUGGAUUAUUUCUCGAGGUAUAUUGAUAUAGCUCACCUUUCGGACCUGUCAGGAAAAACAACACGUGCUUGUUUACAGAACAUGUUCGCACGAUGGGGCUGUCCCAAUGUUUUGUUUUCGGACAAUGGGCCUCAGUUUAGUGGACGAGCUUUUAGAGACUUUGCAAGAGACUAUGAUUUUCAACAUGUUACCUCGAGUCCUCACUAUGCACAAUCAAACGGUGAAGCUGAAAGAGCUGUGCAAACAGCUAAAAAGAUCUUGAAACAAUCAGACCCAUUUGCAGCUCUGAUGAGCUACCGAGCCACACCCAUUCAGGCUACGGGUGUGAGUCCCUCACAGCUUAUGAUGGGUAGACGGAUAAGAACCACAGUUCCCACAUUGGAGUCAAACCUGCAGCCUGAGUGGCCAGAUCUUCAUCAGGUGAGAAAGUUGGAUUGUAAAGCUAAAGGAAGCUAUCGAAAAUAUUACAACAAAAGGAACAAUGUUCGUACAUUACCUGAGAUUUCACCCUGUGCUUCCGUGGCAGUGAAAUUGGAUGAUGAGAGAGGAUGGAUAAGGUCUGGAACAGUACUUGAGAAGUGUGAGUUACCGCGGUCUUACAUUAUACAAUCUGAGGCUGGAUUACUUAGACGAAACCGGCGACAUCUAAUGCCUACACCCAGUGACAAAGGACCGACAUCUACUUCAGCUUCGCAAACUCAAGUACAGCAAGAAAUCAACAGUCCCGACCAUCUUGCAAAAGAAAUGCUUAAUGCUGUUCCGAACAUUCCAGAGUCAAUUGAACAACCUGCAAUUAAUUCACCUGAGUCAGAUUCUAGCCAAACAACAGUUCCCUCACCAAAGGUGGUGAAAACAAGAUCUGGACGAUCUGUCUUAAUUCCACAGAAGUAUAAAGACUUUGUGUAAAUGGCUUGAGAAAAUAGCAAAAGAGGUUAAGUGGUAAUGACAUAAGAAAAUGAGUUCAGUUCGACCCUGUAUGACUUUGUUUAAAAGUUGUUAAGAAUUAUAUUGUUUUAUACAGUAUUUUCUGUUACAUGUUAAGUAACUCAUAAGGAAGGGUGAUGUGAUGUAAUCAGGUUACUGAUAUAAUAUGUGUGUAUUGGUCCACUAGAUGGCAAUAGAGUGUGAGGUAUGUGUGGAUACAGUAGUACUGAAGAAGAGUUGUUGUAGUCUCGUGCAAGCCAAGCAAAGUGAAUGUAGUCACAACAUAUUCUGUCCGUUCCUUAUUAUAUAAUUAUCUGAUGUUAAUAAAAUAAAGACAUUAAGACCUCAGGAGCUUUAUUGAAAACAUCACAAAGAUCAUCCAGAAAGUACCUGAAGAAUCAGAACCAGAGACCUCGAUUUCCUCUUUAGACACUGCCAGUAUGUCCUCCCCAUCUGAUAGCUCAAACCAGAGUUUCCCCUUUGUGUCUGUGAGACAGCGUGAAAUGUCUCAGUGGCCAUCUCCUUUUCCGAUUCCCAAGUUCUCUUAUGGUGUUGAGUUACGGCUUGAGAAAGGGAAUGAGAAUUUUAAAGAAGAAGGAACACUGCUCACAGUACCAAGAGAAAUGAAAAUGGCUAUCCUGGAUAGCAUAGCUCAGGCAAUUUUUUCAUUCAAAGCUUACCCAAACAAUCAAGAGUUGGAGUCUGUGUCUGCUGCACUGAUUGAAAAGUAUCCAUGUCUGAAGGACCCAGGCUCAGGAACAGGUUAUCACAGCUGGACUAUGGGCAUCAAAUAUUAGGUUGGGAACUACUGUCAGAAACUACGAACGGCAGGUUGCUCUGAAGUCACUGUGAACCAAAAAAGUGAGCAAAGUCUGGAAACUUCCUGGAGUCUUGCCUGGACACAGACCCAGAAGACACUCAUACAAAAGGGAUGAAGAUGGGGGUCUUAACUAUCAUUGAAGAUGAUGUUGCCACUAUCCAUUCAAACCCAAAUGUAAGGUGCCGGUCUGUAGUUGUGCUGGAUAAUGUGCAAGACCUCCCUACAGCUGUUGCGCUCCUAUUUGGCUUGAUUUAUUCCAUCAACAUUAGCUAUCCUAAAGAACUAAAAUACACUUUUGGAACUCGUCAGAAAGUGUUUAUUGGCCUUGACCCCCAGUGCUCUGCAAGAGUCCAGUCCUUCAAAAACAAAUUGUUAAAGUAGCUGCUGUUCAUAUGGCUAAUCAAAAGUGCAUGUUCUGAUUUUUUCCUGUUUGUUUUGUAGCUGUGUAACAGUGCAACAUAUGCCAAAGUCAGUUUUGAGUUUUAGUGUAAGGUUUUAUGACUUUCAUAUUACAACAGUUGUAAUACUUGAUUGCUCUAGCGCAUGUAUUGAAAUUCUGCUUGUUUAUUGCUGCAUCAUUUUAAGAUUGUUAUUCUGGCACUUUGAGAACAGUUUUUUUUUACUCUAGCACUUUAAAAGCGUUUUUUUUAUUAUUAUUAUUUUUUUCAACAGUUUAAAAGCAUUUGUGUAUUUUACUCCAGCAUUUUAAAGGCAU